AUUAAAUUGGUCAAAAAUCUCAGUAAAGACAUUUAAUGUUACAAAAGAUUUCUAUUCAAUACAUAAUGUUACAAAGGAUUUCUAUUUCGAAUAAAUGCUGUUAAUUCUGAAAACACCUCUGUAAUGCAGUUUUAUUAAGCAUCAGCCAUUUUCACAUUUUCAACUAAUAGUAAUAAAUGUUUAUGUUCAAGAGAAUGAUUUCUGAAGGAUCAUGUAACACUGAAGACUGGAGUAAUGAUGCUGAAAAUGUGUUCUUGCCACCAUAGAAAUAAAUUACAUUUCACAAUUUUAAAUUGUAGUAAUGUUUCACAAUGUAACAAUAUAUAUAUUUAGUUUUUACUGUAUUUGUGAUCAUAUGCAACCUUGGUGAGCAGAAUAGGUUUCUUUUAUAAACAUUUGGACCCCAAACCUUUAAACUGUAGUGUAUGAUUUCAUCUAGGAUGGGUUAAAGUUAUUGUAAUGUUAUAUUUACAAAAUCUGUUAUAUUUCACUUCAUGAUUGUACAGACACCAGAUCCUCAAGUUCCAGCCCCUGUCCCCAGAGCCACUGUAGAUGUGUCCAGUCCUGCGCAGCCAUGCAGUAUUGUCUCAACAGCUCCUUCUGGGUCAUUAUUGCAAGCUCCAUCUGUAGUUUCACUUCCUCGUUUGUGGUCGGAGACCUUGCCACCAGAGGAUCACAAGUGGAUUGGCAAAAGGCUUUUCAAAAUGGGAUCCAAGGGAAAGCCAGAGCUUCGUGAUAACCUCCAGCUCUGGUAUUACCCACCACAGCCAGCACUUAUCUACAAUCAGGCUCCAGCUCCAGACAGAUUCUUUUGUCAUUAUCUUCUGCUGUGGAUGCCGUACAAGCUGUGGAGGGUCAAGAUUCUCUGUCCCAAUCCUGCCUGCGGACAACAUCAGCUGACAGGAGGUGGUCUGCACAAAAGGGCACGGCAGGUUCUAGACAUUGACAGAACAUAUAACAUGGUCAGAGAAACCCUCAUCUGUACCAAGUGUAGAGCCUCGCAUGUGUCCUGGAGUCAUACUGUCCUGCAACAGCUAGAUCUGGGCCAUCGCUCUGAGUUUCAGGUCAUCCUCACACGGAAGUAUGCCUGUGAUAUGCGGGUCAUCCGGCUCCUGCGUGAGCGUGGCUUAGGCAACAGCCCCACGCGGGUGAUCAAGCAGCUGCGUGAAAACCACAGCGAGCAGUGGCUCCAUCGUCUGGCCCGGUACACCACCCAAUGUGUUGACUUCCUCAAUCAACCCGGGGUGAUGCCGGUAAAAUUCCAGGAGCCCCCAGAGCCUACAGUGGUGUCAAGCUGCAAGUGGCUGCUCACCGUUUACAGCAAAGACAUUCUGACAAGGCUGGAUGAAAUCCAUGCAAGGAUAACAUCCACCUAUGGCUCUGUCUUGAAGAUGGAUUCUACUAAAAAGGUUAAGGGGCGGUCAAACUGCACUUUACGCUCCAUUGACUUCCAUUCAUAUGUAUGCGAAUGCGUCGGACCAAGGGUCUCAUUUAUAAAUGUUGUGUAUGCACAAAAUGGGCAUAUAAAUAUGCGUAAGCGAUUUUCCACCAGAUAUCCAGAUUUAUAAAAAAUAAACUUGGCGUAAAUCGUUCGUCGUGCUUCGUUCAUUAUCUCUCACUGGGAUUGCCAAAACUGGGAAACCACGCAAUUCAGGUGAGACUUUUUUUUCUACCCUGCGCUAAAGAGGCUGUUUCUGUUAUGUGUGGACAAAGAGCUGCUGAUCAAUUAGCAUUGAUUCCAGUGUCAAAUGAUACGGUGAACAAUUGUAUUGGGUGAAUGGUAAUGGAUGUGAAAAGAGCAGAUAAUCAUGAAAAUUAAAUCGAGUUCAUUUUUUUUCUCUCCAACUUGACGACAGCACUGAUAUUGCCAGAGAAGUGCAGUUAUUGGUUUACAUUAGAUUUGUUGAGUGAGUAGAAACACUGAUGAUGUUUUUAUGUUAUAAAAUAUAUAAAUAUAUUAAUUUGUAUAUUAAUUCGGGGGGGGGGUCGCAAAACGUCGUUCAUGAAAGGGGAUCGCACUUGAAAAAAAGGUUAAAAACCGCUGUUCUAGACCAUUUGUACGAACUAAUGAAGUAAAUGAUUUUAAACUGUGUUUUCAUUUCGAUAUGCAUGUACAUUAAAUAUUCCACUUUCAUUAAUGGAGAUAAGCACUGAAAUGACAAAGUCAUUACGCAGAAGUCAAACUAAAUUUAAUGUAAACAUAUAGUGGAUGCGCUUGAUCACUUUUCAUGUGGCAUGCUAUGUUUUAAUAACAGCGAGGAGUGCUAUAGGUGCACAAUAAUUCAUAUUUAAACUAAACUGCAGAUCUCAUGCUAUGAGAAAAUAUUUUUAGCGAGAACAAUGAUCAUGAUGUGCACUUACUUCGACAUUAUGGCGGACACUGCUGGAUUUGGUGGUUGAACGGUCCUUUGUCCGGUUUGAAUAGGACCAAUGAUAAUAUCUUACUGUACAACCACAGCUGCACGGAGGUGUUGAUGUCGUGUAAAGGCAUCUCCAAAACAUUAUGAAAAAUACCACUGUAU